AGUCACGAAUGUUAAAAGGUCAAACACCACUGAUACUAAAGUGACUACGUUCCCUGAUAAGACCAGUUGUUUCUCUAAAAGGACAAGGGGCAGUUAGGCGGAGAAAUGAACAUAGGAGUUUGGAUUCCAGUGGGGAUUAUGUGCAUGAUUAGAGCGUCAGAAUGCAUAGAGUGUUUCAGUUGUAAAAACAUUGCUGAUCCUAAUGAGUGUAGAAAUACUUCACAAUGUUCCAGUGGUCAAUCAUGCUCUUUACAAACAUUCCAAGCUGACUCCGAAUUACGCUACACCAUGGGAUGUCAAAACAAUCAGUUAUGCAGUUCCCUCGCUGUUAGCCCACACAGUAUCAUCGGUCGCUCCGUCCAGACGAGACAGCAGUAUAUAUGCUAUGAAUGCUGCAGUACUGACCGAUGCAAUGAGAACCUUUGCUUUCAUAAAAAACCUUCCGAGUGCACUGACGACGAAACACUCGACUGCGCUCGAUUAAAUACCCUGUUUAAUGUUUGCGCAGAUGUUCAUCAUGCAAAAAUCACGUGUCCAAAGUUCUGUGGCCUGUGUCAGCUCGUUGAUGGAAACUGGGCGGAAUGGGGCACAUGGACGCAGUGCAGUGUGACAUGUGCGAAUGGAACGCAGGAGCGUACACGCACCUGCACUAAUCCGCCCCCUAGCAACGGUGGCCUAAACUGCAAUGGACCAGCUGUUGGCAUUAAACUGUGCACACAGCAGCUUUGUCCAGUGCAUGGAAACUGGACGGAUUGGUCCAGUUGGUCUAGUUGCUCAGUUACCUGUGAUGUUGGACUAAUGAAAAAGACAAGAACCUGCACCAAUCCAAGACCAGAUAGAUUUGGCGACAAUUGUUAUGGCAAUUCUAGCGAAUAUGCUGUUUGCCAAAAUGAACACUGCAUUGCUCCGGUGCAUGGCAACUGGUCAGCCUGGUCCGUAUGGUCCACUUGUUCUGUCACGUGUGAUGGGGGACUUCAGAAGAGAUUAAGGACGUGCACCAAUCCUAAACCAAACGCUCUAGGCGACGACUGUGUGGGUGAUCCUAGCGAAUAUACUUUAUGUCUUAAUGAUCCUUGUGGCGCCAGACUAUUAUUUUACAAUUGUUACAAAAGCGACGUAAUGUUUUACAUGUGUAUUAAAGAUGGUGGCUGGUCUACGUGGGGAUUGUGGCAGAGCUGUUCAGUCACCUGUGGAGUAGGUCGCAGGCUGAUGAGCAGGACCUGUUCUAACCCGAGUCCAACUAUAUACGGAAAAGCUUGUGAGGGAAACUCCGAGGCAUUUGACGUUUGUGUAAACAGACCAUGUAAUGUUGUAGCCUUCAACGCUCACGGGAUCAACAUAAUUUUGUCAAAUAAUGUCAAUACAUUUCCAACCGUGAUCUUCAACGAAGGCAAUGCUUACAAUCCCUACACUGGACACUUGACAGCCCCUGUGGACGGAAUAUAUUACUUCACUGUGGUUAUCUGCUAUUGGCCUCGACAUGCUUUGGGUUUUGCCAUCUACAAGGGAAAUGCCGAUAUGAGCAGCAGUACACGCUUGACGAUUAACUAUGCAUACAAUGCUGACGACGCUACAUGUACAUCGGCCUCCUCAUCUGCUAAGCUGAACAGAAACGAGCACGCCUGGGUUCAAAUGAAUCAGCAUUACACAGGAGAACUAUUUGAAGCUAUUAAUGCUUGGAACACAUUUACCGGAGCUCUUGUCCAAGAGCUCAGACCGUCCAAUCCAACCUGCAUCGACCGGUAUGCCGCAUUUCCUGGUCAUCUCAACUGCGAAAACCGACCAUUGACAGGAAAGACGAUCAAAAUAUCUGACGCAGACCUCGCCACUAUUGCUGACUUGCACAACGAGAUCCGGACCCAUGUAUCUCCUCCAGCGGCAGACAUGCGGCUUAUGUCCUGCUCUUUACAAACAUUCCAUUCUAACUCCGAAUUGCGCUACACCAUGGGAUGUCAAAACAAUCAGUUAUGCAGUUUCCUUGGUGUCAGCCCACACAGUAUCAUCGGUCGCUCCGUCCAGACGAGACAGCAGUACACAUGCCAUGAAUGCUGCAGUGCUGACCGAUGCAAUCAGAACCUAUGCUUUCAUAAAAAACCUUCCGAGUGCACUGAUGACGAAACACUCGACUGCGCUCGAUUACAUACCCUUUUUAAUGUCUGCGCAGAUGUUCAUCAUGCAAAAAUCACGUGUCCAAAGUUCUGUGGCCUCUGCCAGCUCGUUGAUGGAGACUGGGCGGAAUGGGGCACUUGGACUCCGUGCAGUGUCACGUGUUCGAAUGGCACGCAGGAGCGAACACGCACCUGCACUAAUCCGCCCCCUAGCAACGGUGGCCUUAACUGUUCUGGACCAGAUGUUGACACUACACUGUGCACAAAACAGCUUUGUCCAGUACAUGGAAACUGGACGACCUGGUCCAGUUGGUCUAGUUGCUCAGUUACCUGUGAUGUUGGACUGGUGAAAAAGACAAGAACCUGCACCAAUCCAAGACCAGACCGAUUUGGCGACAAUUGUUAUGGCGAUGCUAGUGAAUAUAAUGUUUGCCAAAAUGAUCACUGCGUUGCCCCGGUGCAUGGCAACUGGUCAGCAUGGUCCGUAUGGUCCACUUGUUCUGUCACUUGCGAUGGAGGGCUCCAGAAGAGAUCAAGGUCGUGUACCAAUCCGAAACCAAACGCUCUAGGCGAAUAUUGUUUUGGUGAUAAUAGCGAAUACACUGUUUGCCAAAAUCAACCAUGCGUUUCACCAGUGCAUGGCAACUGGUCAGCAUGGUCCGUAUGGUCCACUUGUUCUGUCACUUGCGAUGGAGGGCUCCAGAAGAGAUUGAGGACGUGCACCAAUCCUAAACCAAACGCUCUGGGCGACGAUUGUGUGGGCGAUAAUAGCGAAUACACUGUUUGCCAAAAUCAACCCUGCGUUGCACCAGUGCAUGGCAAUUGGUCAGCAUGGUCCGUAUGGUCCACUUGUUCUGUCACUUGCGAUGGAGGGCUCCAGAAGAGAGCAAGGACAUGCACCAAUCCUAAACCAAACGCUUUAGGCGACGAUUGUGUGGGUGAUAAUUUCGAAUAUACUAUAUGUCUGAAUGAUCCUUGUGGCGCCAGAAAUGGUGGCUGGUCGAGUUGGGGUUCGUGGGGGAGCUGUUCAGUCACGUGUGGAGUGGGUCAAAAGCUUAAGAGCAGGACCUGUACCAACCCGAGCCCCAACUUGUACGGCAAGACUUGUGAGGGGAACUACGAGGCAUUUGCUGUGUGUAUAAACAGACCGUGUCAUGUUGCAGCCUUCAACGCUCACGGAAACAAUGUGUUGCCAAAUUGUGUCAAUGCAUUUCCCACUGUAAUCUUCAACGAAGGCAAUGCGUACAACAACAUAACUGGGAUCUUCACAGCUCCUGUGAGCGGGACAUACUACUUUACUGCCCAAAUCUGCAGUAAGCCCGGAUACGAUGUUUACUUUUUCUUGGAAAAAGGCAGUGGAAACACGGACGACAAGGCCAAGGCGCGUCUAACAGCUACCGAGCAGCUCGAAUAUCACUACAGCUCAUGUACAUCUGCAUCCAGCUCUGUGAAGCUGACCAGGAAUGAGCACGUGUGGGUGAUGAUGAACUAUCAAUUCACCACAUCGAUGAUAUUUGAAAAUGAGGAUUAUAAUUGGAUGACAUUUACUGGAGCGUUGAUUCAAGACGCAGCACAACAGUGCACCUACUGCAAUGUCACGACCAUACUCCAUGGAGACAUGUUCCACUGCGGAGAAAUGAACAUAGGAGUUUGGAUUCCACUGGCGAUUCUGUGCAUGAUUAGAGUGUCAGAAUGCAUAGAGUGUUACACUUGUCAAAACAUUGCUGAUCCUAAUGAGUGCAGAAAUACUUCACAAUGUUCCAGUGGUCAACAGUCCUGCUCUUUACACAUAUUCCAAACUGACUCCGAAUUACGCUACACCAUGGGAUGUCAAAACAAUCAGUUAUGCAGUUCCCUCGCUGUUAGCCCACACAGUAUCAUCGGUCGCUCCGUCCAGACGAGACAGCAGUACAUAUGCCAUGAAUGCUGCAGUACUGACCGAUGCAAUGAGAACCUUUGCUUUCAUAAAAAACCUUCCGAGUGCACUGAUGACGAAACACUCGACUGCGCUCGAUUAAAUACCCUUUUUAAUGUCUGCGCAGAUGUUCAUCAUGCAAAAAUCACGUGUCCAAAGUUCUGUGGCCUGUGUCAGCUCGUUGAUGGGGACUGGGCGGAAUGGGGCACUUGGACUCCGUGCAGUGUGACGUGUGCGAAUGGCACGCAGGAGCGUACACGCACAUGCACUAAUCCGCCCCCUAGCAACGGUGGCCUUUACUGUUCUGGACCAGAUGUUGACACUAAACUGUGCACAAAGCAGCUUUGUCCGGUGCAUGGAAACUGGGCGGAUUGGUCCAGUUGGUCUAGUUGCUCAGUUACCUGUGAUGUUGGAAUUAUGAAAAAGACAAGAACCUGCACCAAUCCAAGACCAGACCGAUUUGGCGACAAUUGUUAUGGCGAUGCUAGUGAAUAUACUGUUUGCCAAAAUGAUCACUGCGUUGCCCCGGUGCAUGGCAACUGGUCAGCCUGGUCCUUAUGGUCCACUUGUUCUGUCACUUGCGAUGGAGGACUCCAGAAGAGAUUAAGGACGUGCACCAAUCCUAAACCAAACACUCUUGGCGACUAUUGUUUUGGUGAUAAUAGCGAAUACAAUAUUUGCCAAAAUCAACCCUGCGUUUCACCAGUGCAUGGCAACUGGUCAGCAUGGUCCGUAUGGUCCACUUGUUCUGUCACUUGCGAUGGGGGACUCCAGAAGAGAUCAAGGACGUGCACCAAUCCUAAACCAAACGCUCUGGGCGACGAUUGUGUGGGUGAUAAUAGCGAAUAUUCUAUAUGUCUGAAUGAUCCUUGUGGCGCAAGAAAUGGUGGCUGGUCGAGUUGGGGUUCGUGGGAUAGCUGUUCAGUAACAUGUGGAGUGGGUCAAAAGCUGCAACACAGGACGUGUACCAACCCAAGUCCUUCUGUAUACGGCAAGGUGUGUGAGGGAAACACGGAGGCAUUUGCUGUGUGUAUAAACAGACCGUGUACUAUAGCAGCCUUCAACGCUCACGGACUCAACAUCUUGUCAAAUAAUAUCAAUGCAUUUCCUACUGUAAUCUUCAACGAAGGCAAUGCGUACAAUCCCAACACUGGUCAUUUCACAGCUCCUGUAGACGGGAUAUACUACUUCACUGUUCAAAUCUGCUAUUGGCCUCGAAGUUAUCCUGGUUUCUACCUCGGAAAGGGAAAUGCAGAUUUGAGCAGCCAUACGCGCCUGACGGUUACCUAUGCAUAUAAUGAGGGGGACGCUACAUGUUCGUCGGACUCCACCGCUGUUAGACUGAACAGAAAUGAGCAUGUCUGGUUGGAAAUGCACCACCAGUACAACUCACACGAACUAUAUGAAAAUCUUAAUGCUUGGAACACAUUUACUGGAGCUUUGGUUCAGGAGCUUUCGGCGUGUCUUUAUUUUUCGUUCCAUUCUAAAACUGUCUUAACCAGCGUCAACACAAACAUGCAGAUCUGUCUUUUGAUUAUUGCGGGAAUACUGUGUGCAAUCGGAGUAUCAGAAUGCCUGGACUGCUUUAAUUGUCAAAAUAUCACUGACCCUCAGGCGUGUACAAACACAGGUCAAUGUUCAAACAAUGAGUCCUGCUAUCUGCAAACGCUCCAUUUCGGCAACGAAGUAAGUUACAACAUGGGCUGUCAGAACAAUCAGCUGUGCAGUUCCGAUGUCGUUGACCCCAACGUUAUCAUUGGUCGCUCCAUCCAGACAAGACAGCAGUACUCUUGUCAUGAAUGUUGCAGCAGUAACCGAUGCAAUGCACAACUAUGUGCACACAGUAAACCAACAUCGUGCAUUGACGACGAAACACUGGACUGUGCCCGACUGAACUCCAUCUUUCACGUCUGUGCAGAUAUUCAUCACGCCAAAGUCACUUGUCCAAAGUUUUGCGGACUCUGUCAACUCGUUGAUGGCAAUUGGGCAGAAUGGGGUGCGUGGACGACGUGCAGCGUGACCUGCGAAAAUGGCACGCAGUCACGCAUACGUGACUGCACAAACCCGUCACCCACAAAUGGUGGUCUCAAUUGCACCGGCCCAUCUGUCGACUCAAAAAAAUGUUCUAAACAGCUUUGUCCGGUACAUGGCAACUGGUCAGAAUGGUCCACGUGGUCUGGUUGCACGGUUACGUGUGACGUGGGUCUGAGAAAGAGGUCCAGAACCUGCACUUAUCCCAAACCAGACCGAUUUGGGGACUAUUGCAUCGGAGAUCCCUUCGAGAAUACAGUUUGCCUUCAAGAACAAUGCGCAAGCAGAAUACAUGGCAACUGGUCAGAAUGGUCCACGUGGUCUGGUUGCACGGUUACGUGUGACGUGGGUCUAAGAAAGAGGUCCAGAACCUGCACUUAUCCUAAACCAGACCGAUUUGGGGACUAUUGCGUCGGGGAUCCCUUCGAGAAUACAGUUUGUCUUCAAGAACCAUGCGCCAACAGAAAUGGAGGCUGGUCGAGCUGGGGUGCGUGGCAAAGCUGUUCAGUCACGUGUGGAGUGGGUCAGAAGCUGAGGAGCAGGACAUGCACCAGCCCGAGUCCUUCCGCCUACGGCAAGGGUUGUGAGGGGAACUAUGAGACGUCCGCUGUAUGUGUCAACACACCAUGUCAUGUUGCAGCAUUCAACGCUCACGGCUUCCAUGAGUUGUCAAGUCUUGUCAAUGCAUUUCCCAUUGUGAUCUUCAACGAAGGCAAUGCGUACAACCCCAGCACUGGACACUUCACAGCUCCAGUGGACGGGAUAUACUACUUUACUGCCCAAAUCUGCGUUUCGCCCGAACAUGAUGUUUACUUUUUCUUGGAAAAAGGCAGUGAAAACAUGAGCAUCAAGGGGCGUCUAACAGCUACCAAUCAGCAAGUAUCUAGCACCAGCUUUUCAUGUGCGUCUGCAUCCUGCUCUGUGAAGCUGAUAAGGAAUGAGCACGUGUGGGUGAUGAUGUACUGGCAAUACACCACAUCACAGAUAUUUGAAAAUGGUGAUUAUACUUGGAAUUCAUUUACUGGAACGUUGAUUCAAGAGCUUUAAUAAAUUCGUGAAGUUAA